AUGGAUACCUCGACGCUCCCAUGGACGACCACGGCAUCGAUUGGAACAGUAACGUUCGGUCUCGUAAACGAAACGGACGAUGAUCCCUCAGGAGGAGGGUCGGGACCUUUAGUGAGUGUAAUAGGACAGACAGUAAUCUAUAGUAUAACGGCUCUACUCACUGUAUUAAGUAACGCCCUUAAUCUUAUCGUGCUCCAUCGAGUGCCGAAUUGCUUCGAUGAGGUUACCCAGAUGAUCCUCAAGUCCCUUGCAAUAACAGACAUGCUGACGGGACUCUUCUGUACAUCUUUGACGAGUGUAGUGUCUAUACUGCGUCAUCUACAGCUCAACGAAGUAUGCGCCAUAAGACGUUGCUUCUGCAGUUCUUUCGUUAAUAUCUCGUCUCUCUUUGUCGCUUUCGCCUGCCUUGACCGCUUUCUUGCCAUCACACGACCGCUGCAUUACCACGUUAUGGUGACCGCCCGCCGCGCUCGGAUAACUAUCUUAGCCAUCUCCAUUUUCGGGAUCUUAGUCGGGGCAUUUAGUGUUUUUCCAAGCUCUAGGACGACGCUCUGCAUCUCUAAUUUUUCAUCCAAUUCCAGUUUACGGUUCAGGCCUAGCAUCGUGGUUACGUUAACCACAUUCUUUGGAAGUUUAGCUGUAGCGAUGUACACGAAUACGCGGGUGGUUACCGUUGCGGUACAGCAGACCUACCGCGUUGGCGACGAAGCGGUCGCGAGAGGAGCCGCUGCGGUUGACGCUCCCGUGCAACGUCCUAAACUGCGAGGGCUCACUGCGAUCGUGAUCGCGACGUCUGCCUACAUUAUUGCGGUGAUCCCAUGGGCGAUCGUCUCCGCGGCCCAGAUGGAUCCGUCAAGCACGAUUUCAUCGCCCAACGUCCGAUUCUUUACGAGUCUGCUCCUUCUGAGUAACAGCUAUUGGAAUCCUCUUAUCUUUGCUCUUCUUAGCAACAAGUUCCGUGCCGCUGUGAAAAAGACUUUCGGAUUUAAAAGUGAGGAUGUUCAGAAUGGAAAUGUUACUAUGUCGUCGAUUGUCACCAGCUAG